AUGCUUGUGAACACCAACUCAACCCCAAUAGUCACCGUCUUUGUGACGAGUGAAGGCGUAUCCUCGGAAAGGCGCUUCGAUAAGGCAAUUACAAUAAGUAAACUUAAGGAACGUCUUGAGCCGAUAACAGGUGUUCCAGUAUCGACAAUGAAGGUUCAGCUGUAUACUGCCACCGACCAACUGGUGGGCACACUUGACGACGACGAGAAGAUGUUGGGCUACUAUCCUGUGGCAGACUACAUGCGAUUGGAGGUCAUUGACUUGAACCAACGCCGAAGGAAGAACGAAUUCCAUGAUGUAUCGCAAGUGGAAAAGUUUGAGAUAUCUGAUGCAGAGUACGACAAGCGCAAUGAUUCUGUUCGAGCUUUUCUACAACGAAACAAGAUGGGCAAGUUUGCGGAGAAAACAGACGCGGACCGGGAGUUGGAAGUACAAUACAAGGAAGAGGCAGAUAAAACUAAAGUGGGAGAUCGAUGUGAGGUCGAGGCUGAAGGGGAUGGGCUUGUAAAGCGGGGUACUGUCCGUUUUGUUGGUACGGUACAAUUUAAGCCUGGUUACUGGGUGGGAGUUCAGUAUGAUGAACCCCUGGGAAAGCAUGACGGAACGGUCCAAGGUGUGUCUUAUUUCACCUGCCCACCAAAAUAUGGUGCAUUCGUCCGGCCGAACAAGGUAAAAGUAGGGGACUACCCGGAAGACGACCUUAUGGAUGAACUAGAUGAGAUGUAA